CCGUAAGGAUAAUAACAUUAAAUGACUGCUGAUGUAUAUAAGCUUUUGUAGUAGAGACAAAACUGGCAAUUUAAAGUGAAAAUUGUUUGCAGAUGUUUUUGUUUGUCGGCUUAGUGGAGAAAUAGGUGUGAGUUUUUGUUUUCUCGAGUGAGUACAUACAUAAGAGUGUCUUGAAUUCGCAAUAACCGACAGACGCCAUUGAUUAAUUUGGCUAACUUCAGAUACUUUUCAUCCAUACUUGAAGGAAAACGUUUAAAGAGCGACGCACAGCAAAUAAAGGAAGUAUUGUGGAAAGAAACCAGAAUCAGUAUGACGGGAACUGCUUGUUUUCUGUUCCUACUGCACCUUAUUUGCAUGACAUCUGGCUUGCAAGCGCAGCGUUCACCCUAUUCGCUACAGGCAGCAGUUGAUGAAUUGCAUCGCCGAGAAGCCGCCAAAUAUCCACUAAAUGCACCACCAUCUCAACAACAUUACCUUACCGGAGCAUUGGGCACUGCUGUCGAACAAGAUUACUGGGAUGACGAUUCAGAUUUCCCUAUAAACACACGCAACAAAAACAGCAAUAGUCACAGAUUGAAUAAAUUGAUUGUCAAAUAUUUGGAACGACAAAAAUAUAAACCCGAUCAGGAUGGUAUUGGCUUAGGACCGUUCGGUGGCUACAUAUAUGAUGAGGAUAAUAACCAGCUCUUCAUAGAGCCCGAUGAAAAUAAGCGUUCAUCAUACUUUAGAGAGCGUAACAGUAAAUAUGAAUCAGAACCUAUCUCGGCAUUUCGUGAACGUGACGCUCAAGCUACUCCCGUAGAUGGCAUGACUACUCCCGAGCAUUCUGAAUUGACUGAGCAGUUCUUACGCGAAAUCGAAGAGGCACAGGAACGAGAACGCGAAGAGCGCUACAAAGAUGCCUUGCGCAAUCUUUGGGAAAAGUAUCAACAGCAGGAAAAUGAAAUAGAAGAUGAUUUGUUUGAGCAAAAAAAACGCAUGCGAAUGCCUCCCUACUAUAUGUUGAUGCAGAAGAAACGCUCAUAUCCCGUCCUUCCGUGGCUCCCAUAUACAGAACGUAGAAAACGUUUUCCGGUCGCGAAACGUUCAACCAAACACGCGCCCAACGAGAAUAUAAAUUUAGGAAAGACCGAUGAUAAGGUAGCUGAAGAGUUGAGUGAGCUAUUUGGUUCAUCCGUGUCCUCUACAAGUGAUGAAAAGAAGAAGCGCUCAACUGAUGAACAAACACAGACUUCUUCAACACUCGCUCCCGGUAUAACAUCGACUACUUCAAAUGAUAUCUUACUGGAGAUACCGUCUAAGAAAAAUAAUGCUACUGAGACUGCUAUAAUUACUGUUCCAUCGAUAGAUCCACACGAGCACCGUCAGCAUGAGCACAGAUCCGAGCAUGCCCAUAGUGGACAUGCACAAAAAGAACAAAAGCAUAGUAAACGCAGCGAUCAUCAUGUUUCACACGAAAGUCAUGAGGAUGAAGAAGGCUCCGAAUCCGAGGAGCAUGAAGACGAUGAAGGUGAAGAGGAGGAUGAAGAAGAAUUCGAGGAAGAAGAGAUCGAAGAACGUAAAAAGAAGCGUGAUUUGAGAGCAGCGAAGCUCUUAAAUCUGGAAUUAUUUCGAGGCGAACAUGUUCCAUCCUCCCACUUCAAUAUUCAGCGACAAAAGAAAUCCAUCGAUUGGUCAAAAUAUUUUGGCAUAGAUAGAAAGAAGAAGGCUAUAAAAUUAGAGAAUACAGGCAUUGACAUAAAAAAGCGUAGCACUAUCAAUGACGAUGCCGACCAAAAAGAUCAGGAUAAAAUGAAACGUGAAUUAGACCCAACGAAAUUAGACAAAAUGGAUAGAAAAUUGCAAUCCAUCGAGAACUUUAUUAUCGAUGAAACUAUUAAAUACACAGGAGCGCAUGAGGGAAUCGCAAAUAUCGAUGAAAUACGACGCCUGAAGGACCAUGUACUCUCUCGAUUAGCUACGGCUUAUAGUUUGGAGAAAAUGCGUCGCGCAUUGGAGAAAUUACGACAAACCGUGGAAGCUGAGAAUCAUUUACUACGUAAUGUAAUUGAGCCAGAUGAUCUUAGCGAAAAUGAGCUUGACAAACGUUUAUCUGUGAAGAAGGAGCAGGCACCCUUGAAUGAAUUGGAAAAUAUUGAUUUACCCACGGACAAUGAGAAAACUAAUGGUAUCCUUUCGAACGCCAUGAUGAGCACCAACUCGGCUGAAUCGACCAAUAAAAUUGCCGAAUCGAACGGUAAAGAGGAAUUUGAACAAGUAAAAAAACACAAAAAAAAGCGCAAUGGAUAUUUGCGUUAUCCAGAAUUGCCAAAUGAAUUCAGGAAUGUGGACGAGGAUAUCGAAACCGGCCGUUAUGAGUCAUUGAACGACGCAUAUCUAGGCAAUAAGAAUUAUAUUAUUGGCUCACAUCAAUGUCCCUUAAUUGAAUCGAUUAUUGAACGUUGCCGUGGUGUAGACCUUCUAAGUGGGGAUAUAAAUCAAGAAUUUCUGCCUAUUUGUGGCGAACACCAGAUUUGUUAUUUAUGUAGCACUUCACAAGUGGCUUGUGACUAUCAGUAUUUGACUGAGGCUGAUUCCAUUUGUGGUAACAACAAUGAUUGCCAAGCAGCAGCACGUUCCAUAUUAAUGAUAUUGCGUGGAACGCUCAGCCCACAACUCGGACCUAGAGAGUGUAUGAAGAAUUCGUGUCUACACAGUGCCAUGCGAGAAAUCGGACUAUAAAUGCAACAACAAUAAAUAUAUUAAACUUAUAAACAAAAAGAAAGAAUUAUUAUAUUUUUAUUGGAAACGUGCAGCUCGUGGACAGUGUAAAGGGCAAAACGAAGAGUUUUUCGUUGUAUUUAUGCUAUGAAUAAUUCUGUUAUGUAUCUAUCUUCCCUAUUAUAUUGAAUACUUAAAUAUAGGUAUAUAAAUACUUAUAUAAAAAAAAAUAUUGAGUGAAUUUAAAACUAUUAAAACUUAAUAGGGCAAUUCACAAAUAAGUGCAAAUGGCCUGGCAUCAAGACAUUUGUAAAUUAUUGCGAAUGCCAUUAUGCCAAGUUAUUUGCAUUUAAUUGUGAACUGCCCUAGUAAAAUUAAUAUUCUUUUCAAAACAUGAAACGUUAUUAAAAAAUAUGUUUGUGUGUAUGCAUUUCUCAACUUAAUUAACAAAAAUAUGUAUAUACAGUUACAAAAAGUGUAAGAAUGUGAAACACUGUUCUUUUAGAAAUAUAUCAAAAUAAGAAUAAAUUAUUGUGUUAAAUGUGUAAUUUAAACUUAUUCAAAAAUGUCCUUAAAGGAUGAAUAUACACUUGAAUAAACAUAUAAACAUAUUACAUAUAUAUGAAUGUAUAUGUGUACAUUAUUACAAUAAAGGAAAAAACGAAUAUAAUAGUGGUUCAUAUAACCAACGAAAUAUGUAAUUUCCACAAUAAAAUAUAAUACAAAUUCUCUUUUAGAAAGAUGAGAGUAGAGAGAUUUGAAAUGAAUACAAUAAGAUAAUACAAUAAUUUCAAACAAACAUCCUGAGAUUUCGAAAUAUGAAAGUUGAAAAUCGGUUGAUGAGCAAAAUGGGAGUUAAUAUUUUUUUUAUCUCAGUUUUAAAAAUUAUUCUAUGUAUUGAAUUGCUAAUAAAUUUUCCUAAAAUUAAAUUGCUAAAAUUGGAAACAAAACGCGGAAUCUUUUGUAUAAUAACUUUUGUUGGGUUCUAAACCCAAUAUUUUUAGUGAACGUAGCGUAUUAUUUCCGAGAGAAAUAUACAUCGAGUCCACUGGGCCAGUUUUUGUAGUACUAAUAUAUAAAUACAUAGUAAAUAUAUUAAUACCUAACCAAGGUCACGCGCAUAAAUACAAACAGCACCCGUCCAUCCCUACUAAACUCAAUACCCAUAGAGGAAGUUCAAAGUUUCUGCUAUCUAGGAUGCAUUAUUUCGACCUCUGGCGGCUGUGCUGAAGGCAUCGAAAACAGAAUAAAUAAGUCGCAGCAAGCAUUCGGACAACUGCAAAACAUCGAGAGCUCCUCGUUCCUGUCGCGUGGUACUUAAUUAAGAAUAUUUCAUUCCAACGUCGCAUCCGAUUUACUAUACGGAUGUGGAACAUGGAUUGCUGCACCACGGCUUAUACAACGCCUGCGAUCUUUUACAAAUCGUUGCCUUAGGCGUAUACUAAAGAUAAGGUGGUCAGAAACUACAUACAUAUAUCCAACGACAGGCUGUGGGAAUUGACUAACCUUGUGCUCAUCAAAACAAAUAUUCUGAAAAUAAAAUAGAAUUGGGUCGGUCAUACACUUAGAAAACCUGCACAAGACAUUACGAGGCAGGCCAUCAUGGAACCCACAGGGAUUCCGCAGGAGGUGACAUCCAGCGCACACUUGAAGAAGACAGCUCGAGAAUGAAAUAAUAUUAAGUGAAUUAAACUGAAAUGAAAUAAAAAGAAUUUUAUUGGAUAGGGAUAGAUUUAUUCACUAUGGAGCGGAAGUAAUAAAUUUGUACUAUCUAUGUUACGGCAGCUGCAUGAAGUUUUGUAUACCACAUACAUAAACAUAUGUAUAUCAAUAUGCAUAUACUCAAAUAUAUGUAUGUGUAUACUUUGCUAACAAUCAUAUAACUUACAAAAGUAAUAUAUGUAUAUAUAUGUACAUUCAUAUAUUAAAUAGAAAGAAGUAUACAUGCAUUGCUCUAAACUAUGCGGUUAUUAUUGGAUACAUUUUACAAAAUUCAGCGCUAUGGUAAAGACAGUUUCCAGGCAAAAGAGUCUUAUUUAUAAGAAGACGUGUGCGCUUUUAAUGAAACAAUAAAAUUUUUUAAUGGUAUAUAUUAUCAUGAAAAGCUAUAAUAAACAUACCAAUAAAUACUGUACACAUUUAUGUAUAUGACAUAUAACUAAUAUAAUCAAAAUGGAAUAUAUAGAAUGUGGAACUAAAAAUCGGUUGAAGUACACAAAAGUCAUAGUCACAAAAAAGGCAUACAAACAUUGUAAACAAAAAUACUUACAAUAACAAAAAUAAACAUUUGAUUAUUGAAUAUUUAUUACAAAAUAAUUAUCGGAUGUUUGUCUAUGGAUGUAUGAUUGUACUUACUAUUAUAUUUCACAUAUUUUAGGAAAAAUAUAACAAAUAAAUAAAUCUAUACAAAUAAUAA